GGAGCUGGCCUCGGGCUUGGGCGGUUGAGCCUAGGAAGGCCCGUAGGAAAGAAAGCAUCAUGAGGGACGACUCAGGGCCUCCGCAGGAGCAAACGCGUCCUCCACGAGCCCUUCCACCUGUGCCAAGUGCUAUCCAAGAUGAUAUUCCACUUAGUCAUCCUAAGAAAAAGAAAUCCAGAACAAAAAGCAUACCAGCUACUGCUUCUUCGGAAGGCCGCUCUGAGCCCGUUGUUAACAGGACAACUGAGGGCAGUGAGCCACCAGAUGCAGAACUCAAGGAGUACCCAGAAGCUCCUGUUCAAAGGAGACAGAAGAAGACAAGACCACCUCCUGAGUUGGAGACUUCCUUCGCCGAAAAGCCAUCUAGUCCAUCUUUACUACGGAAUGAAAAUGGCAUUGAUGUGGAGCCUCGUGAGGAGGCAGUUAUCCCAAAACCUCGAAGGAAGGCAAAGAAAACCCAGCCAGCUGAACCACAGUAUGCUAGCGAGCUCGGGAUAGAAGCUGAAGACAUAAUCACGGAUGAGCAGAGCACUCUAGAACAUUACUCUAGGUUCACGGCACCCACCGGAGUGAGCCAGCCUGUUGGCAAAGUAUUUGUGGAAAAAAGCCGGAGAUUUCAGGCGGCAGAUCGUUCCGAGUUGAUAAAGACCACAGAAAACAUAGAUGUGUCAGUGGACAUGAAGCCAUGCUGGACUACCCGUGAUGUGGCACUUUCCGUGCACCGAGCUUUCAGGACGAUCGGUCUGUUCUCUCAUGGCUUCUUGGCUGGCUGUGCUGUGUGGAAUAUUGUUGUGAUCUAUGUUCUCGCAGGAGAUCAGUUGUCUAACGUCUCCAACCUUCUGCAGCAGUACAAGCCCUUGGCUUAUCCCUUCCAGAGCCUUCUUUACUUGCUUUUGGCUCUAAGUACAGUUUCAGCAUUUGACAGGACUGACUUUGCUAAAACAUCGGUAGCAAUCCGGAACUUUUUGGCCCUGGAGCCAACAGCUUUAGCUUCUUUCUUGUAUUUUACUGCUCUGAUACUAUCUCUGAGUCAGCAAAUGACAAGUUACAGAAUCCACCUUUACGAACCUUCUGUCAAUGGAAGCCUCUGGGCAGCAGAAGUUGAGGAACCGAUUCUCAUGCCAUGGGUCAUAGUGAAUCUGGUGGUGGCUCUUCUGGUUGGACUAUCGUGGCUCUUUCUGUCUUACAGGCCAAGCAUGGAUCUUAGUGAAGAGUUAAUGUUCUUUUCUGAUGUGGACGCGUACCCUGAGAAGGCAAUCAAAGCAUCUCCAUAGCACUGGCUCCCUCCCUGCAGUGACACCUGUGUUCUCCACUCCUGUUUUUAAGUGAUUUUUAUAAGAUACGUGUAUUUAUAAUUGAGCUUUUGUUACAUAAUACUGAAAUGCUGAAAUACUGGAGAUUAUGAAAAGUGUUUAAAUUAUAUCUGGUCUUUAUACCGAACCUUAAUAUCUUUAUUAUUGUUACCUUAGUGAUACAGGAGAUAACAAGCUAAAAAAGCAGGUGAUGUGUUUGUUUCCUGUUCUCUCAAAUUUGAUAAAUUCACAAUUAUUAUCUAAAAGGCACCAAUUUAGAAAAGCCUUAACUUCAGUGUUAUAAAAUAUACAUCAAGUUUAAAUGUAAAUUUAGAGGAUAGGGAAGAAGGGAAACUGUCUUUAUUUUAUAUUUUUAAUGUCUUCUUAUUGACAACUCUGCAGUAUGUAAUUUGUGUUUUCUGAAUCUGGCCAGUGUUGUGUAUCAUGUAAUAAUUAUUUUGUCAUCUGAAUUGAAAGAUGCUUUAUAGCUAAUAAAACAGAAAUAUGUCUUUUUGAAAAGC